AUGUCUUCGCUACCGACUUGCAUAGGUCAUCGAUUGCUCAUGAACAUUUCAAAUACGAUGUUCUUUGGUUAUCGGGCACUUUCGACAAGCACUAUAGCAAACACAUUGAAACCAGCUGCAAAGUAUUCCUCAAGUGAUGAUAUGAUGGAUAAAGAAGAUGGGACGAAACAAUUAAAAUAUGCUACCGUUUUUAAUAAUCGUAAUCCGCGUAAUUUAGAAUUGAUGGCCUUAGCACCGAAGGCAAGAGGUUAUGGAACAAAUCCGAUAAGGCAGGACUAUUACCACAAAGCACAUUUGGAAAUUUCCAACUGGCACAUCAGUGCUUAUGUAUGCCAUCGAGAUGGACAUCGGGUUGCUAGUGCUUCUACGAAAGAAUUUCCAAUAGCAAGGCAUUUAUAUAAAACUAGCGACGUAGCUGCAGCAGAAAAUAUUGGUCGUGUGCUUGCACAACGAUGUCAUGCGGCAGGUAUCGAACGAUUAAUUGUUGACCGUAUCUUGACAAAACAACGAAGUAAAAAGCUUUUGUACUUGAAGAUACGGCACGUUGUUUUUUGUUUCGCCGCAAUUCUAUGCUUAUUAGUUCUUCAGCUAAGGCACACAUGUAAAUAUAAGGUGAAAGCUGCGGUCUAA